AUGUCUAACAACUUCCCCGACGGCUUUGACGAGAAACUAGGAGAGUCGAAAGAGAGACCCCUGAUUAUAUAUACUAAUAGGAGCGGAAUCGAGAGUAAAGUAGGAGCAGCAGCAGUAGAUAAGACCGGGGAACAUAUCGCUCUAAGCCAGAUAGGCGAUAACGACUUAUCUACUAUAUAUUCUAUAGAGCUACGGGCCAUAGAGAUAGCUCUUAAAUUAGUUCUUAAUAGUAACAAGCUCUAUCUUAUAUAG